AUGUCGCUGGCUUGUCUGGCACAUGGAGUAGCUAUUGCUCCCUGGUUCUCGUCCAAGUUUACCAGUGGUGCAUAUGUGGCUGUCGACAAGGCCGUCGGGGACCAGAUCGAUUGGAGGGCACAGAUUAGUACACCACCUGUAACGACAUCCUCAAUAACCCCACGAGCGCCUGGCCCAACUCUACCCUCUUUCCAGAUCGUUGCUUCCAGCGUGCCCGCUGACAAGUUCGUUAUCGGCAAACCCACCAUCGCCGGCGACGAGACCAGCGGUGGCUUCAUGUCUACGUCGGACCUCGCUUCUUGCCUCUAGACCGCCAAGAAAAAGAGACGGGGUAAGCACUUCAUCGUACUUACAGCACAUAUACUGACGGGUUGCCUUUGAUAGACGCUGGUCUUAUGGUCUGGGAGUACCCUGAUGCCGCUGCUGACUGGAUCAAGGCUGUUCGCGUUCAAGCUUUCCCUGAGGAAACGACUUCCAUGAUAUACAACGACGAAUCGUAUCCCCAUAUACCCCGCGAUCGAUGUAGAGCUGGACUCGCUGCAUUUUGAUAUUUAUGUUAUGAGGAAUGCACAUGCUUGCUCGACGUACGACAGUCACAAUAGUUC